AUGCUAGGACUGGGAGUUCUAGCGCUCCUUCCCUUCGCAGCGGCGAAGGCUGUACGGCCGCGAUCCACUGCAUGCAACAACUCCCCAGACUUGUGUUCCAAGUCAUACGGAGAAAUCACUCAUCUGGGUGCACACGACAGUCCGUUUCUACGAGAUGCCUCGACAGAUUACUCUACCUUUGGAGACCAAUACUACAAUACUACGCUCCAGCUUGACGCUGGUGUCCGUCUCGUCACAGCUCAAGUCCAUAAGUCGAAUUCACAGUGGCGUCUAUGUCACUCUAGUUGCGAUUAUCUAGAUGCAGGACUGUUGAGUACAUGGCUGUCAGAUAUCAAAAGCUGGUUGGACUCCAACCCCAAUGAUGUUGUGACUGUUUUGCUGGUCAACUCAGACGACGCAACAGCUUCUGAUCUGCACUCGCAAUUCGAAACGGCCAAUCUCACCAACUACACCUACACUCCUACCUCGCAAACCUCCGCACCGAGCUCGUGGCCAACAUUGCAGGAACUGAUCAAUAAUGGUACCCGGUUGAUGACUUUCGUGGCCUCUUUGGACGCUUCAAGCAACACUGUAGCACCGUAUCUGAUGGACGAGUUCACUUUUAUCUGGGAGAACAACUACGAUGUGACCUCCGCCUCCAACUUCUCCUGCGAGCCCGAUCGUCCCACGAGCCUCCAGAACGAGCUUUCCACCGCCCUGUCUUCCAACCGCCUCCCAUUCAUGAACCACUUCCUUUACCAAGAGACAUUGGACAUCGAGUACCCCAACGUCAGCUACAUUUCUACCACCAAUGCGGCCUCCGGAGGAACAGGAAACCUUGGAGACACAGCAACGAAAUGCAAGAAGGAGUACAAUGGCCGCCAGCCUACUUUCAUUCUGGUCGACUUCUUCGACAAGGGUCCCGCCAUCGAUACCGUGGACAGUCUAAACAAUGUCACCAACGCUACUGGACGGAAGAACCUGACUUCUGUCAGCGUCACAAGCUCGGCCUCCACGUACUCCAACGUUUUCAAGGGCCUGGUCGAAGUCGUCCAAAAAGCCAAAGAUGGGGCGAAUCCCAGCAUGGGCGAGUGGAUCUGGGCUGGUGGAGAUUGGGGAAGUCUGCUGGGCGGCGGUAUUGCAGUUUAA